AUGCCAACAUACCUCUUACUCCUCCUCUCGAAAUCCAAAGAGUCCUUCACACCAAGGAUGCCUCCAGCAAACGCAGCAGCCAUAUCACGCGUGCUGAAAGAUAUCGCCAAUUUCAGCCCUCCUCUUCUCACUCGCCCUGCCCAACAAACCUACCUCACCAAACUGACCYCUGAGCAUAAAUUCACUUACUACAGCGCCACAUAUGGACACACAAUCCACGACGCAGCUUCGUUGAGAAAAGUGCUAGCGAAUACGAUGAGACAUCAUCCGAAUCCCGAAUUUGGGAUCGCGGGAGGGAAUGCCGCUGUUGAUACGUUGUUCCAGUUUGGUUGUGAGAUGUUGGAGCCUGGGUAUGUCGAUGAGGUGAUGCGAGCUGGAUUGGAGGCAGUUGUUGAGAGGCGGGAGGAGGAGGAGGAGGAAGAAGAAGAGUCGAGUGAGGAUGAACUGGGUGAGACAUCGGUGGGGGAUAAAAACAGCGGGCAUGCCGAUGAGGACUUUGUCCCUGUGGGAAAGCGUUUGCGAAAGCGCGGACCACCCGGUCCUCACAAGCGCAAGAUCUCAACGUCGAGCUCGGAGGAGAGUUCCUCUUCGAAGGAUAGAGAAUGGCAGGAUCCUCCGCGCAAGAUGAUCAAGCGGAAGCACGCAAUAUGCUCCGUUCUUGCAACUUCUCCUUCUUGUGGAAGCAAGCCAGAGGGUGGAACGARGACGCUGGACCAUCGGCGGCGGUCACAUGUCGGCGAAUACCGCGUCGUGAGCCAUCUGCAGCGGGAUGCAGAGUGUGGCCGAGCUGAAGCGGAGACCGUGUGGGAUCAGCAUCAAGGCUGUCGGCGGCUAUCGGUAGUGGCUGGUCAUAGUAGUCAACCGCGACAGGUUGAGCAGUCGAGCCUUCAACAAGCGCAGAGCAGCUUUGGUCAGUCGGAUCACGCAAAGCUGCGUGAAGCAGUCGAGAGGCUGAACCGUCGAGUGCAAACCGCGAUCGUACAGCUCUGGGAUGAGAUUGGAGAUGUGCGGUGA